CACACACCACUAGAAUCAUAUCAAGGGAAACAAUUCAACAAGAGAUGGAAAGAGUUUCACUACUCAAGCUAGCUUGCUUCCUAGUGCUUUUCAUGGCUGCAUUAUCUUUGUUGCCAUCAAGUUUGAUGGCAAAAAUAUAUGUAGGACCAAACAAGGUUGAAUUGUUCAUGACUGGGCAGCUCUGCAAAUCUCACAGUGACUGCAAAACCAACACUGCUUACCCUGGCAACUUCUGUAUAAACCAGAUUUCUGGAUCUGAAAUUGGUCAUUGUGUUGGAUUUGGAUCCACUCUAGCUCUGCCAUCAGAAAGGAAGGACGAGGAACGCAAGCCAAACGUUGGUUAUUGUGGAAAGUGUGAAACUGACGAAGAUUGUCGGAAUUGCUCAGUAACUGCUGGUUGUGAGAAAAUAAUUGUACCUGGCUAUUGCAUGUGACAAUGUUCCCAUUUCCCCAAUAAUUACCUCACUACAAUUGCUUUAAGCCUUUAAUAAAUUACCUUUGUUUAUGUAAUAUGUAUUGCAUGUAUGUUAAAUACUUAAAUCGUCUCUUAAUAAAAUGUUACAUAUUAUUUAUAUAUA